GGUAUUAUUAAUGCAUACUCAGUGGAAUAUGAGGCACUGAAAAUUGCAGCCAGCAAUUCGUCAAUCAUACAAAAUAUUUCAAUCAACGUGCAACAGUUUGACUUUUCGGAGAGUUUCCAUCUGUUUAAUCAAGGUAUGAUGACUGGGAGUAAUUAAUGCUGUCAAGAACGGUAAACACAAAUACAAAAAACGUUAUACUUGUGACACAAAUAAUUACGCCAGAAAGCCAGGACCAAAAUCUUUGAGUUAAUUACUGGAAGGUGCAAGCAUUUUUCCCGAUGUUGUAAACGGUCACAUCGUCGAGUUGCGAAUAGCAGCUAAUGCGUUAAAUAUGUGCAGGAUUAUUAGUCUGUAUACCUAUAAUUCAUUUUUGUAAGUUUAUACGCUGACAACAAUGUCUGUAAACGGAAAAUCGCUAAAGGCGCUCAGUUAAAUCUGAAUAAUACUGUUGGACAAUUAAAAUCAGAAUUGUCAUGAGCAAAUUUCUACCGCCUGUGAGUCUCAUUAAGCUUAAGUGACAUCCGAGUUCGACAAAAUAAACCGAGAAAAAAACACUGUUUACUGGGUUUGGACCUUAAGAAGCUCCUCCUUUGCCGUUUACUUGCUAAUUUUCAGCAAUAAUAUCUCUUUCAGCAUUAAAUCUUAUUCAACAAAACAUAGCUGUUCUUAUAGAGGGAAGCAAGGCGAAAACCCCAGCAUGUGCCUUCUCUAUAAUAACUGGCAUUCCUCUUAUCAAGCUGCAAGAAAACAGCCAUCCAUUCGAACAAUGUGGAAAUGCAAUAAAGAUGGCAGCGGACUACAGAGACUUUACGCAUGCCUCACUUGAUAUCCUGAGUGCAUUCCAAUGGCAAACGAUUGCAUUAGUAUUUGAUGGUAAAAUUCAGCUUGUGUCUUUAUUAGAAUGAUAAUUGUGUUGGUUUAAUUGUCUAUUCAAAGAACUGCAUUUUAUACAUACAAUGUCUGUAUAGCUUGAUGAUAGGAUUUGUAGCUCGUUGCAUAGCAAAGAAAAUUAUCUAAUUUUCUAUGCGGACGUCACAUGUACAAAUGGUUGCAAAUGACUAACGCUAUUCAAAGAUUUUUUUGUGGGGGGGGGGAGGGGGGAAUAAAAUAAUAGGGAAAAACAUUAUUUUUCUUUUCUUUUCUUUUUUGAAUCAUCAUAAAUUCUAAUACCUACAAAGGAUGAUAUAGGAGAAGUUUCAAUUUAUCUUAAACAAACUCUCUUAACGGUUUACUUUUAUUCUGUUUCUUUUUCCUUUUCCCGGAAACCAGGUUGAUUCUAGAAAAGCUGAAACAAUAAAACAGAUUUAUCUUCUCUCUUUUUAGAAAAACGUACGUACCAGGCCAACUAUUUUUACGCGCUGUCUCGAAAAUUAACGGUGCCAGCACUAUCUGUGAAGCUAAUCCCUUUUACUGGGCAAGGGAGACCUGAAGACACAAUGGGAUCUAUUUUGGGAACGAUGGAUGAAUUAAGAAGUAUUGAUCCCGAAAUAAUUCUGCUCUACGCUACAAGGGAAAGCACUGAACUCUUUCUACAACAGGUAAUAGUCGAUGUAGCGUUAUUUUCCGUGAGCACUAUGUUCUUGAAGACCCUUGACUUUGAUCAAGAGACAUCCGUCAAGUUAUGUUUAAAUAGCUGAAAGGAUUUUUUGCUAAGACUGUUUUAUGUUUUAUAAAGUAACAAAGAAAAUUUUGCAUCGACAGUUGUUAUUUUGCUGUUGUUGUUGUUGUUGUUGUUGUCGUCGUAGUAUAAAGAAUCCAACUUUUUUUUUUUCUCUCACAAAGAAACCAUGCAACCACAAGAAAGGUUUCAAAUGGAUACUUCAGAGAGAGGUAUGAAAAGGGAGAUGUCCAAGUAAGGAACUUAAAAACAUUUAGAGAAUAAGACCGCCAACUCAUCAUCAUCAUUGUCAUCAUCAUCAUUAUUAUCAUAUUCAUUAAAAUGAUCAUCACUAUCAAUCAUAAAUUCAUCGUCAUCAUUAACUCAAUCAUCGCGAGCGAAAAUAAUCCGGUGUUCAAAACUAAUCUGUGAGAGAAAAAAAAACUGUCAACGCAGCACACUGCACAGGGCGCCUCGAUUUUCAUACAAUUUUUUAGAAAGAGUCUAAGUUAUUGAUCAAUCCUUUUUCAUCAUUCUCAACACGAUGUAUAUACAUUUUUGGCUUUCAGACCUCAUUAAACUUAAGCAGCCAUGGAAACAAUUUGGUUCUAACAAUGAAUUUUCCAUACAUCAAAACCCAAGUUUUUGAGAAGAUGGAGAACAACCUCAAGAAAAUCUACAACAAUACCAACAAGGUAUGUCAUGCUAUUCUGUGAUUUGAUACAACCCCUGAGAAAGCGUUCUGUUAGAGAAUCGAAGAUUAUAAUUCUUUACAAAGUUAAUAACGGCGUUUGAUGUUUUUUCUAGUAUUGAUGUGUCUUCACGCACAACCCUUAGGGGUGUCUUUUUUGAGGAAUAGUGUUGGCUUUCCGCCGUCCUGAACAACCUAUUAGCGAGGCCAAAAUCUACAAUUUUCACCUCUAAGCGAGACGAUGAUUAUCCACGUCACUUUAUCGGAGUCCUCCCAGCUGGGGUAGCCUAAUUUAUUUCGCUUUGAAAUUAAUAAUGAAUCAAUGAAUAGGCUCUUUUCGAUGGAAUUAAUCGAGAGAUGCUUAUUUUUUUUCAGGGGCUUCUAGCACUAGCUGACGAUUCCGUCCAAGUUCUAAAGCAAGCACUGAACGAACAGCCAUGCUCUUCUAUUAAUGGGAAGGCCGUUACUAUGAACGAUACAGCGAAAAUAUUAGCGUGCAUAAGAAAGGUGACCAGCGUUGAAAGAUAUUGGAACGUUAUCAUAUCAAAGUCUGAUUUUCAGACGUUUUACAAAUCCCUUAAUUGAAUCGUAGCCAGGAUGAAACUGAUUACGACAAUUGACACUUGAAUCUCAUUCAACUCCACGUGGCAAUUCACGGAAGCUAUUAAUAUUUUUUAGUUAGAUUAGCAAAAACCCCUUGAUAUUAUGGGUUAUCUAGGACUAUGACAUUUAUUAAAAGGUAAUUCAAGGUAAUUGACCUUGACUUUCAAUAAUGAGUUAAAAAUUUUCAUUUAUUAACUAGUCUUAACUGCCCGUUCCUCUAGCUUUUUAAGUCUCUUGGCUCUCGUCAUUACUGUGUCUUCACCCAUGACCACUGUGUUUAACAGGUCGAUAUGUGUGGCAGAACAGGAAAAGUCAAGUUUGACGAGAAAGGAACUAGAAAAGAGAUUAAUCUGGAAAUUCUGAACCUACAAAACAAUUAUUUUAGAGGAGUAAGUAUUCCCCAUUGUUUAACUUAUAUAUGGUGUGCUUUGUAAUUGCCAGCAAAACUGCUGGCGUACAAUUUAAAGUAAUAUUAUCGCUUGUAUUCAAGAUAUAGUGUAGGAGAGAAUACAUAAUUAUAUCGUGCCUUGACUGUUUCUAAGAAAACGAUACUUUUCUAGAAUGGAGCUAAGACAUUUCUUUGUUGUCCGGACCUAUCGUAAUAUUUUGUUUCUUUAUGUAAUAUACUUUUAACUAUGAAGAAACUAACAAUUACGAUUCUAGGCCUAGACACUGACUAGGCCUGGCGAGUCAGUGUAAGGCUCAAGGUAAUUAUUUUCCUGUUUUUCUUAAGAACAGUGCAAAACAUAUUUCUAUAGAACAUCUUUACCCAGCACAGUAUUAGCAUGUCUGAGAGUUAUUUAUCAUAUGAACUAGCAACAUUAAUUGAAUGAUCAUGAUAAUUGAACUCCAUUGUCGCUCGUAGAUAGGUACGUGGAAUUCAACGACAGGUGUUACGAUGUUUGGAAAUAUUUUACGUAAUUCAAUACCUUCAUCUACUGCAGAAACUUUGGAAGGGAAAAAGUUGAGAGCUGUCAUAGUGGAGGUAAGGAAGACUUUAAUUAAGACUGUCAUUACGAGAUUAGCUAUGGGUACAAAAAAUGAAUAAUAUAACACAACAGAUUCGAAGCAAAUGCUUAAGUCCAGGGGGAUUAACUUGUAUGUCCUUGAGUUGAGGUAUGUUUAGUAUCAUGUUAUGAAGCCGGGGGUUAAUUAAUCAUACUAAUAUCAUAGGUGAGGAAUUACGCCUUAAUUUUGGCGCGAAAUUUCAGCGAUGAUUUGUAAUUUCACAUGUGAAAUUACAAAAUUGCCAUGGCAACCUUCCUACGUCUCAGUGUCAAGAUGGCGACGAAGUUUUAAAAUGCCAUGAAUGAAGAUGCCAGGGCAUAUAAAGACGCUUUAGAAAACCUGAACACACGAAAGAGCACAUCAAGAAGGAUUCUAACAGGCAUUUUGUCGAAAAAUUCUAAACUUGAGUCAAAUUUAAGCUCUAAACUUUCGAGAGAGUGGAGUUCUCGACGAUCCAAAAUAAACAUGUCAAAAAUCCAAUUCAAGAUUGCUAACGUAAUUCGUCACCCAUAAUAUUAUUAGGUAAUCAAAUGGUAUGCUCGUGAAAUUAGGGAAUAAUUUUACUUGCGUUUUGUCCAAAUCCUAAUAAUUUCCCUCGCCUAAAGGCUCGGGAAAUUAUAACGAUUUGGACAAAACGCGCGUGAAAUUAUUCACCAAUUUCACUCGUCACCAUUUGAUUACACAUACAAAUUGGCCUUUCUAUUCCUUUUCCUUCUCCAAAACAGAACGAACCUUUUGUUAUGAAGAAACAGGAUGGUGACAACGUAUGGUAUGAAGGAUAUAGCAUCGAUCUUUUCAAAGAACUGGCAAAAAUUCUCAAAUUUACAUAUGAGUUCUACCCUACGCCUGACGGAUAUUAUGGCGCUAAAACAGAAAAUGGAACAUGGAACGGAUUGGUUGGAGAGCUCAUAGGAAAGGUAGAUUAUUUUGUUUAUGAAAAUUUAUACCCAAAAAAAUGUGAUACCAGGGUUGAGACUUCAGAAACGAGCACUAGACGACCCUUGGGAGGGGAGUACUUGGAUUAAUUUUUGCUGGCUAUGUGCCGCUGGCCUCUCAGAAUCCCUGGCCCAUUUUAGUCUGAUUUUCAGAUUUUUUCAGCUUCUGAUUUUUUUAAUAUUUAUUGCACUAUUUCAAGAGUUUACUAUGAAACAAAUUACAAAACAUUACAAAUUAAAGUAAAAAACCAUUGAAUUAGUACAUAAAUCUAUUCUGUGGCCGUAUUAGAGACCCCAUUUUAGUCACCUUUAGGUAAAAAAAGCAAUUUUUGCAAUCCCAGCUUAGUCACAUCUACCUCACAAUAUACAAACCCCAUAAUAGUCAACCCAGGCGUGAAAAUGGAUAGACGACUAGACGAUAGACGACCUAGACCGAAAGUGAUUACUAACAGAACAUGGAAAUAACAAUAAGUGAGCUCCAUGAGCUACUUUAAAAUUCAAAGAGAUACAGCCUCUACUCUUUUAUUAUUGGUUUAGAACGAUUAUUUGGUCGCGAAAGAUGAAUGUUUCAAAAAUAGCUUGGAAAUCCUAUAUGUUGUCGUGACCCACUGCCCUAUAAGGGAGAUAGAGGUCUGGCGCGAGGUUCCUUCGUAACAACAUUUUCAUUAACAGGAUUUGCCUCUUUUUUUUCUCCUUAGAGAGCUGAUGUAAUCGUAGCUUCACUAACUGUCACCGAACGUAGGGCGAAGGUGGUGGACUUCACUGUCCCAUUCAUGUUUUACACUAAUGAUAUUUUAAUGAAGAAAUCUUCAAAGGAAAACCACGAUUUGUUGCAGUUCAUGAGCCCAUUUCACAAUAGCGUUUGGUUCUGCACUUUGGGCGCGCUGGUUCUAAUUUCAGUAGCCGUGUUUGCAAUAAACUACUACAGUCCUUAUGGGUACAAAGACGAAAGUGGUCGUCGAACCUCGGAUGAGUUCAGCUAUUUCAAUAGUCUGUGGUUUGCUGUGGCCUGUAUGCUGCAACAAGGCGGUGAUAACACGCCACGAAGCUUAUCAGGUUUUUCCUUCUUCUCGUUCUUGUUGUUGAUUGCUUUAAAGUUGUAUCCAGCUAUAGCUAAUUUAACCCACGAAAAAUAUGCAAAAUAUAAUACCUGAUAAUAAAGAAAAGUACCUAGUUUCUUUGAUGACGGCUUUCAAUUUUACUUAAAACUGUUAAGCGCGUAACUGUGGCAAUCAACAUCCUCGACAAAACUUUAGUUCAGUGUUGCGAAGAAAAGGCAACUCCCGUGCUCCGAUCUUAAGCAACUGAGAAGGGCAAAAUACAAAAUUAAAAAGCAUGGACCUUCACUUCGUCUGUUUAUAAUGCUAAUUCAACGAUAUGCAUUCCUUUUAUUUUAGGCCGAAUUCUGACCGGAUGUUACUGGUUUUGUAUUUUGAUCUGGGUCUCAACGUACACUGCCAAUCUGGCCGCCUUCUUUACCGUAAAAAACGCGGAGCGCCCUAUUAACAACCUGAAAGACCUGGCAAAUUCAAAUUAUGAAAUCGGAGUCAUUCAUUCAGGUGCAACCUACCAGGCUUUUAAAGAAAGCCAAUACGAGACACACAAAACGAUUUGGCAUAGGAUGGAGGCUGCAAAUACCUUCCUCCCCAGCAUAGCUGAAGGUGUUCAAUGGGUCAGGGAAAGGGAAAAAUUUGCUUUUAUUUCUGAAGGACUCACUCUUAGGCAUGCGGCUAAGAAGCCACCUUGCAACCUUAAAACAGGUAAUUAUUUCACAUUCGUUGAAAAAAAUAGUCUGUCUGUAAAUUUGGAAACUUUAGUCCUUAUCGAAUUACAUGAGUGCAUGUGAAUAUUCAUUCAAACACUGUAACCCAACUCCAGUAGACUGCUAUAUACCAGCAAGUUAUGAUAAUUUUAUCAGCUUGAUGUCAAACAACCAGAGAAUCCUUAGUAUAAUCGGCCCUCUCAACUUAUUGUAUUCUAUCGUGUCUAGUAUUUUCCUAAUAAAAACAGUUAUCUAUCACACUUGAACCUAACUUUUUUCCUUUUCCUUAGUAAAAAAAAAGUUUGAUAGAGUCGCUUCUUUGUGUUAACUAUUGAAUUAGUUAUUAUGAAAAAAAGACACACCGUGCAAAAAUAGUUGGCAGUUGUUUACCAUGGUCAUAUAAGAGGUAUUAGGUCGUGAAAGCCACCCUAACAAAAUAAAAGAUAUGGAAAAUGCAUGUUGGAGGCCAUGUACAACAUAUAAGAUUGCCAUGGCUUCACAACCAUUUCAUUAUUACCUUAGUUUGUUUGUUUGUUUGUUUCUACAAAUGGUUCUUGCUUGUUAGUUCCAGGUUUAAGUUCCACCAGUGGGUUAGCAUUCGCUCUUCAAGCAAAUGAUCCUCAUACCAGGGAAUUUACGCUGGCUAUUCUACGUCUUCAAAGGACUCAUGUUCUCGAGGAUUUGUAUCGAAAAUGGUGGCAAACAUCUAACAGUUGUGUUGAUGAAGAGAAUACACGUAAGAAUAACUUCAUGGGAUCUGAGAGAAUUUCGAGCUUUAUUUCCGAAAGAGAAAUGAGGUAGCACCGGUGUUAAAUCAAGCUAAUUCGAAAAUUGGGAAACUUUUUUGAGGCUCAGAACUUGAUAAUGACAACCCUUGUAAGGAAAACCGAUAUUACAGAAUGGUCUUCAACAGAUCGACUCCCUUUUUUCCUCAGUUUACCCGGCGUUACAUAGGCAUUCAUGAUAGGUCAGACAAUAGUUUGUUAUUGGCUAAGUUAACAAGACAAAAUGAUUCUAUAGAGCAGCUUAGAGUCUCUGCUUUUAGGUACUUUAUCAAAGGAGCACAGCAAAGGAUAUUUAAGAGCUGUGCACCUGACCUUUAUAACGUAAUAUGGGGGUAAGAUCCGGGAUAACUGAUGCGGUCUCAUCUCAAUUGCAUUUUGUUAACUAGUGGUGGACUUUACACCCUAUUAUUAUUUAUGAAUGUUCCUGCUUUCAGUAAACAUUGUCGUCUGUUUUCUUUCAUUUCAGUUUUGGCUCAGAAGCAAAUUGAUCUGAAAAGUAUGCUUGGUGUGUAUAUUGUUCUUCUUGGUGGGAUAGUCUUUGCAUUCAUCACACUAAUAGCCGAGAUGUACUGGGAGAGAAGAAUAAGAAGAAGAGUUCUUAACACGUUUAGAAGGUAAUUUUAAAAAAAAUAAAAACUGAGGACAAUGGACCAAACAUACUGCACUUAAAAUUAUUGGCUAACGAUGAUUAAUGAACUAAGAUUUUACUAAUCAAAAAGCACUGGCAUGCCAGCUAUUCAAAGUAAUUAGAAAACGAAAAGGACGAUGAUUGUUAUAUUAGCUUAUAUUCUAACAUUUUUACUUUUUUACCUUUUUUUUCACUUCUAGAUGUAGGACAAAGAUUUCUGCUGAAACGAAUAGCUAGAGAAAAAAUUUAUGAAACACACUUUUCGUGGCAUUGAAAUAAGCAAUGUUCAGUGUGUCAAAUCUACCUUUAGCAAAUUAAAUGUCUGCUGUAUGAUUAAUGAAUGAGGUUGAGUAGGAUCCACCGAGGCCGAAGGCCGAGGCGGAUAACACCCUCCGAGAUCUGCAUAAUUCUUUAUAUCCUACGAAAGCCGAAUUCAUUAAUUGCUUUAUUAUUCAUUCAAAAUAAACAAGCUAUAACAUGCCGUACCUUCGUCGAUGUUAAGUUCACCUCGAUAGUGCACGCUUAGAAGAUAAAGGGCUGUUCACGUCUGCAAAUAUACUUCAAAUAGCAGAUGUUGUCCGUCGAGUUGUUUUCUUGCUAUGUUUUUAGUCGAUAGUUCGUCGUGAAACGAGUAAAAUAUUCCGCCGACUGUUCGGCCAUUUUUCUUUUCACAACCAAAACAACUCAACCUCGUCCCCAGGUCUUCUCGGUUAACGGUGCAUUAACCUGCAACUGUGCUGCACUUUUGACGUUAUCGGUUGAUUAAUUGCUAGAUUCUUCCAAAUUUGGUCAACAGUAGCUGGUUACGGUGACUAAUGCGAUUGCUUUUAGCCAAUCAGAAACGGAGAAAUAUUUUGAAUGAAUAAUAAAUGAAUUUAUAAUGCCAGUGUAUAGCAGUAACAAUACUGGCUGCAUGUCCUGAAUUACUUGGGGUAUAGAUAUUGCUGUAUUAUAUUGUUAUUUGUUGUAAGGUAAAGUCAAAUUAAAUGACGCUUUCAAUUGUAUCUAUAAACAGUGUGUGGUUAGUUUAUAGUACUCCCUCAAUCAUCUUGUCACGGGGUCUCUAAAGUUGUGAAACUGCGAAUUUUUGCUUAUAUCUUUUUCUUAACUCUCUAAAAGCCGCAACGUGCUAUUAUGCUUUUAUUAACAUGUUAACUUUUUAAGCAGAAAAUAUCGUACGAUAAAGCUACAUUCGAUAAAUGCAUGCUUUCAUAAAGUCCUAUUUGAACUUACUUACAUGGAAUUUCUGAGAUGAAGUUGGGCUAUCGUCUUGAAUGUUUAAAAGCUAUAACCAACUGCAAAAAGGCUUGAGGUGACUCCGCAAUAUAUUUGGCCUAAGUAAUUGGUAUUUUUCGGACUUUGCAAGAAUUAUUCCGCUGUCACCCUUAUAAGGUUUGGGUUAAUAAGGCUUCCAAAAUCGUAAAAAGCAAUUGCAAUGAGAACUUUGAAGAAGGAAGAGGGGGAAUCCCUUGUAAUUUUGUCUCCGAUGGACACUGAAGUUACGAAAAAGUUUUCCUUUUUUUUUUCUCCAGCAAAAGUGUGUCAAACUUUUGACACACCGUAAUCUAUGAUGCUUGACCUGCGCAGUACAGUCAAGGUUUCUAUGGAGUAGAAAACAUAAAUACAUGAAGAUAGUGCAGAUUGCUUGUAAAUCAUUAAACACUUUUAUGUACUGAUGAUUCCUGAUGUAUUUUAUGUUAUGUAAUGCAUGGAUGAGAGGAUAACAGCAGGCUUUUGUCUUACAUUGUACAAUGUAUAGUAAGAUUAGGCAUCACCCUUUUGCUCUAUGUUCAAAGUUAUCUACAAUUUUGAAUACAAGACAAUAACAUAUUACCGUACAAAAGUUCUUUCGGUUGCACAUAGUUCAUAACCACCACAAUCCAUAACGUAGCAGUCCUAGCUGUUAAUUACCUAUAGUAGCCCACUUUUAAAUGAUAAGAAUUCAAAUGGGUUGGCCUGCAAACAGUUAGUCUCGCCUUUUGAAAGCAGAUGUCUUAUCAAGUGGGUUCUGAACGUCCAAUUGGUAGGGGUCAAUGCGUUAACAAAUUUGGUUGCCUGACUAGUCAAACCGAAUAAGACAUAAUUAUUAACCUCAAGGUAAGUAUAAUUUUCUCAUUUUUUCUCGCUUUUUAAACUUAAUUUUUAUUUAUCAAACCUAAAUUUCAUUUAGCCUCUCCACUAUAAACUUUUAUUUUACUUUAUUUUUAGGAAAUUAGCACACAAUCUGUAUACCAACAUUUUUAGGACCAAUUUAUUAGCUUCAAUGAGUUACGCGAAACAGUGAUAAGAAAAUUAGAGAAACUGAUGUUGGAAAUUGGAAUAUACGGUAAAUAUACAACAAAGGAAUUAUACCAGAAGUGCUCAUAAAAAUAUAAUCUCCUAAGUUUCAAUAGUUAUUGUUGGAAAAGUAAAUUUACCGUACGGUUAUAACGACUUGAAGCCGAUCUACGCUAUGGUUACAAGAAUAAUUGAUGUUGUUUGGAAUUCAAAAUAGAUUUUUUGCAUUUUGCACACAUUAUAAUUUCAUAUAGAAAAAAAAUUAUUUCUUAAAAGGUAAAUAGCUGAAACUGGCCGCAUGGAACUAGAUUCCUGAUCUUUAUUAGCUGGCAUUCAAGUUUGCCAAAGUAAAGAAGAAAAAUCAGCUGCUUCCACGUAUAAUUAAGGAGAUCUCGCAAGAGGAUAUACCCACGGUAGGAAACUUAAAACGUUGUUUGUGUGUGCUAUACUCCUACAAGAAAGAUAACAACAGUUACUUUGGUGGCCUUUUUCAUUUUUAAAAGCCCCACUGAUUCAUUUUUUUUUUAUUCCCUCUCUAGUUGACUGCACUUGGUAGUGCUCUAUUUUUCUUAAUUUGUAACAAAAAGAUGCGUUGGAAUAGUGUCUUUAUCUUUACAUUGGUAAUUAUAUUCACGAUCCUGGCGAAUGUGAAAACGACAAAUAGAACAUUUACUUGCGGUAGGUCUGGAUAAAAGGUAGCUCUCAGAUAUAAUAUUUUCCAUAUCUAAUUGUAAUAUGUAGUACCGGUCAACUAUGUUCACUAGAUUUUCAGAAUUUAUGACAACUUUCUAAAACCUUCAUACUGCCAGCUCUUAAUGGAUGAAUAUCUAUCACGACAAUAAUUUCAGUUCCUAAACCGAAUAAAACCAAACAUAGUUCUUUUAAUUUUUAAGAUCUUGCUUGUUUCUUUUUCAAGAAAACCUCUUAGUGCAAGGAGUUCUAGACCUCGACAGGACCAGAAUGAGUCACUUUCAACCGACAAAAAUGCAGUGUAAUAUCAAGUGUCAAAACGUUUCAGACCUCGCUAUUUCAGAUGAUCUUCACGGACUUCUGGCUCCUAAAGAAUCCCUCAACUGGAAAAACCAGUUUCCAUGUUCUCAAAAACACUCUCUCUAGAAAUUGCAAGACCUAACUUGCUUACAUGUGAAAGUAUUUCGAAAUUUUAUUGUUGAAAGGCCAAGGCAACCACCAAAACAGAACAGUUAAUAAAAACGUAUAAGGAGUUAAUAUUUAACUUGAGCCUUGGACUAAAUUUCCACUCUGUCAACCGUCAAACGCUCUAAAAUGAAACUGCCAUCCGUCAAAAUUGAAAAAAAAAACCGUCAACUGACGUCAAAGCUACCACCUCACUGAGACCGUAUAGGUUGUUCCGCCUUCUCCCGUGCACGUUACUUUCCACAAUGCUUUGAUCACGUGCUGUUGUAUCCUGAGCGGGAUACAACUGCCUGAUUCUUGGCAUCACCAUCGGGAUACAUAAUAUGUAUUUUGUCAAGGCCACGUGACCAAGCAUCAACCAAUGGCAGUCCCUUCUUAGUAGAAUGAAACUCUGGGAAUAUGUCAAAUAACGUUUUACGAUAGUCAAGCUUAAUUCUGUGCAAGGAAAGGAUAAUUGCCAUAACUUUGUCUGAUUUCUAUUCUUUCCAUAGCUGUUAUAAAUGUGCACUCAGUAGAAUGUGAUUCAGUUAUGAUUGCUCUUAGUUCCAAUUCGUCAACGGAGAAUAAUAUUACACUUAACGUUCAAAAGUUCGACUUCUCAGAGAACUCCCACCAUUUCAAUCACGGUAAGCGAUAGUAAGCAGUGACAGAAGAAAUUUAUAGGAAGAUAUCAGAUCAGCAUAUAGGGCAAAAAAGAAACACAAAAUGGAACAAGUUGUAUAUUAAUGCUUUACACUGCAUGACUUAAAAUCGAAAUCGCAUCCAGUGGAUUGGAUAAACUAUUAAUAUUCGCCUCAGUGCAGUUUAUUAGAGCGCUGAACUGGUCCCGAGUUCAAUUCCCGCCCUGACCGCUAACUGGAUUUGUUCUCAGUAGUCCCGAGAUCAAAUCCUCGACCACUGUUGUAAAUAGUCAAAAAUGGUUUCCCUCCGGCCAGAUGAGAUUAGUUAACCCCAUUAUGUUUGAUUUAAAUUACUUGUUUCUGGGUUCUGUUCCACCCCACUAGCAUUAGUACUAGAAAUACUGUUGUUUUAAUCUCUUCUAAACCGGAGUGUUUAUUCGCUAUAUUUCAAUGAUAUCAAAAAAGGAUAGUUCUUAUGUAAACGGGUUUGGUUUCUUUUAACAUGGCCUACAAAGAAGAACUGAUUGGUGCUCUUGAAAACUUAAUAACAAAAUAAAGAAACUGUGAUUGUAGUGAAAACCCAGCGAUUUUGCUACCCAGAGUUUUAGCCAAUCUCAGUCUCCUUCCGCAGAAUAUUCAAAUUUUAAAAUAUAGACGUUGCUUCUUAAUUUUUGUUUAGUCGCUUAACUUUAUUUUCAGCGUCAGCAUUUAUUGCACAAAACGUCGCCGUUCUUAUAGAGGGAAGCAACACAAAGAUUCCCGCAUGUGAACUCUCUAAAAUUACUGGCAUUCCUCUUAUCCGACUCUAUGAAGACAACAGGCCAUUCGAACAAUGUGGGAAAGCAGUGACCAUGGCAGCAGACUUUAAAGACUACGCCUAUGCCUCACUUGAUAUAUUAAGCAAAUUCCAGUGGCAGAAGAUUGCACUAGUAUUCGAUGGUAAAAGUUAUUCUACUAAUAUUAUACACUUAAUGUCAGAUACCGAGGGAAACAAUUAGUUUUUUUUUCCCGAGAGUCCUGAUGUUUCCCGACACGAAGUCGAGGGAAACAUCAGGACUCGAGGUAACAAAUGAAUAACCGGUAUAACAACACAAAUCUAAUUCUCAGAACCACUGAAUGAAUGAUUUAGAAAGUACUUUCCUUAUAUUAUCUGCAUCUUUUUCCUCCACUAGCUCCUGUUUCUUUUCUGAGAUAACUUUAAAAAUCGUUGCUUUUUACCUUGAGGCUUUGUGUUUGUGUUGUUGUGUUCAAUCACGAAAAUGAAAACUGGCGGUGUUUUUCCCGCCUUCUUCCACUUUCCACCAUGCUUUGAUCACUUGCUGUAAUGUAUCCCGAGGGUACAUUGCUUAAUGUAUCACGAUCGGGAUACAUUUGAUUUUAGUGAAGGCCACGUGACCAAGAAUCAACCAAUGGCAGUCCCUUUUUAGUUGAGUGAAAGUCUAGGAAUAUAACAAUAAGUGAUGAUAUUCCUCACUGAAAACGGGCAACAAAAACGUGGAACCUGUUAACAUUGCUACAAAACGAGUUGAAAUUAAUUAGUUUGUAUAAAAAGCCAACUGGAAUUUAAGAAAAUCAGGCUGCCAUAGAUUUUUUUAAUAUUGGGUUUAUGUUGUGUUGCCAUAUUUUUCUUUAUUAAAUAUGCUCUAAGAUGCAAGUUCUCCAAAAAAUAAAAAUUUUCUGUUUCCUUGAAAAAUUUGGUGUCACUAAUUUUACCACCAUUGCCCAUUUUCCUCCGUACGCAAUUAUGCAAAGGGUGUUGCAAAGACGCUCGACUGUAUGAACGAAACGUUUUCAUUACCACUGAAAAUUUCUCACAAAAAUCACGAAAUAAGAUGAAUAAUCUAAAAUGACUUGAAAAUGAAACCUAUCUGUUAACAGAUCACAACGUAACCAAUUAACACCAGAAGAUGAUUUACCUUAUAUCCUUUAGAGAACCGUUUUCAAGUAGCGAGUUAUUUUUACGUCCUGUCCGGAAAAUCAGCACUGUCUGUAAACUUAAUCCAGCUCGCUGGGGGAGACCGAAACGCAUCAAUUUUGGCAGCGAUGGAAGAAGUUAGAAGACUGGAACCUGAAGUUAUACUGCUUUUUACUACAAGGGAAAACACUGAAAUCAUGCUACAGCAGGUAAUGUUUACUUAAAGACUGCCGUGUCUAACGCUAAGUUCUUUCAAACUCACUUUUCCCGGGUUAAAAGCUCUGUUAAUAAUAAAAAUUGAGCAACUUAAGCGACAGCAACGAUUCACCUGCCAACUUUAUGCAUUAACUAUUCUUCUGCCCUCGAAUUAGAAAUUAAGGCUGUUCGAGAUGGGUGACAUACAUACUAAGUUUGUUGAGCGUCCCUGGCUUUUCAGUAGCAGUGAAUAGAUUACAAUACUGAGAGAAAAAACAAAUUCGAGAAGAAAGGAUAAGAUCUGAAACAAACCAAAGGAAUGAAAGAUUAUAAACCUUAUCUGUGAACUGUACUUUGUUUUGAGAAAUAACUAGACUGAAUAACUGAUAUCAUCAUACCUUAUGUCAGUAUUUAUUUAGAUGUAAUGUAGAUUCCUCGCAUAAAAACGGAUGGUUCAAAGGGACAGAACUGAAAACAAAACUGAAAUUUGUUUGGUUUAAAAAUAAGAGGAUUACUUUGUUUUAAUUUUAAUGACAGAAACCUUACCUUCAGAAGGACGGAUUCAAAUGGUUACUUCACGGACAGGUAUGAAAAAGGCCGGAGGGUUGGAGGAGGGAGUACUCCCUUAUAUGGCGUACACGGGGAUGUGUCGCUGGACAGGGUAUGGGUUUUGAUCUCUCUGUCCCAAACAGGGUGUAUAAAUUCGAGAGAGUCUGUUCUAAUUGUAAACAGGGUAUUGGCUGCACAAUUGAUCUGUAUGAUUUGGUUGAUGAAAUUUGGUUGUCUUGCAAGUAUACAAAGCAAGGAACUUUAAUUUGCUUUAUUGCAAUUGCCAAUAUUAAAUUGCUUUAAACAAGACGGCAUGCAUUUUGUCCUUUGUCCUAAACAGGGUAAUAAAAUUGAAGAUUUUUCUUGCUCUACAUAGUUUUAGUGUUUCAAACCCUCAGCGGCUCACCCAUAUGCACAUAUUGGUCGAGUAACCGCCUCCCCCCCACCCCCCUCCUACCUCCCCAGGGAGAAAAGUCUGAGACGUUACAGGAAACGAUUCGCAAAACCUUACAGGAAAACUAAAUCUGUCAACUUAGAGAAACCAGAAUGCAACCCGGACUCUCUAACUAACCCGGACCCUUUCCCACUGACCAAUCCGUGGCUUGGUUGCACUUCGUUUGGGUUUAUUUAUUUAAGCACUUUUAAAUUACUGAGGUUUGAGUAAAAGAGUAUCAUAAACAGCUUUUAAUUAAAGAUUAGCGUGUUUUACACCGUAUAAAUUUGCCCUUUCACCAUAAGAAGUGCGAGGCAAUGACCCAAAAGAGAUUGUUCUUUGUUGUUCAGAUUCCAUUGAACUUAAGCAGUCAUGAAAACAAUGUGGUUCUGGCAAUGAAGCUUCCAUAUUUUGAAAGCCAAGAUCUAAAUAACAUGAAAAGCAUCGUUCAAAGAACGAACAAAAAUGUCAGCAAGGUAUGUUGAACUUUACAUUUUUGCAUUGCUUAAUUAAGUCAACUCACAAGAAGUAGCCUUAAUUUACAUUGAAGGUCAGUUGGUCGAGGAUGCAGGGAAAAUACUGAACAAAGUUUUGUACAGGGGAACUCCGGCCCAGGUCAUAUCCCCUCAAGUUAUCCUUUCAUAUGCAGUGACAGUGAAACCUCGAUAUAACAAACCUCUAUAGAACGAAACAUCACUCCUAGCUCGGUAUAACGAGCGAUAUUCUUCUGCCCAGUAAUAAUAAGUAAAGUAUAUGGGAAAGAAUUACCUUAAUAUAACGAAACCUCGUUUCCGAAAACAUUUGGCUCUUCGUUACUUAGAGUUUUAACUCUAUAUCGUUUUUUUUUAUAUACUUAAGAAAACUUUCCACUGAAACGCACUCAAAUACCCUUUCAUAAAUUCGAUACAACCAUAGGGUCAGCACGUCAAUUAAAUUACAAAUACUUAGUAAAUAAAAUUCUGGCAAGAAAGGCGAAAUAGCUGCUAGUCGGAACUAACAAACCGCCACUGUGUAAACGACUUAUUGACUGAACCAAGUAAAACUAAUCACGAGAGAACGACUGGACAACUGACGAUUUCACUAACAAUAAACAACUAUUUUACUAUGACAAUAGACGGAUCGAAACGCACCAAUAACUACGAGUCUUCAUAACGAAUAUCUUCACGUCUUAACUGACAGGCUACCAAUAACAUCGCGACUUAAUUGACCAAUCAGGUCAAUAAACAUGAGUUCAAUACCAUCAACUGACGUGAUACAACUCAUUUUAACUCUGAAGAUCACUACCGCACAGGUUGUCGAGACGUCAGUCACUGUCAACAACGACAGUCCUAUUCAGGACUACGUUGACCCCGACGAUCAUAUACUCAACCUACUUAUGACUCCUAGGUUCAAAACCUUUCACGAUCUUAACAAAAGCGGGUCGGAUAUAUAUCAUUCAGGUUCGUUAAUCAAAAUCCCUAACAAUCUUUUACAGUGCCUGAAUCCUGAGAAGACGUAUACCCUCCGGGUGGGGCCUCCUUGAUGAAGGGGAUAAGGAGGGGGGGGUGCAUAUCACAUGUGAAUUACUUCUUAUUUUGAGCCUCCAAAAACAGAUUGAGCCUCCAGUUGGGGAUAAGGAGGGGGGGGUGCAUAUCACAUGUGAAUUACUUCUUAUUUUGAGCCUCCAAAAACAGAUUGAAAAUCAUUUACUUUCUUAGGAAUUUUUUGCACUUGCUUACGAUUCUGCACAAGUUCUGAAGCAAGCGCUGAACAAAGAACUAUGCUCUGUUAUUAACGACACGGCCCUUACUCUAGACGAUAAGGAGACGUUAUCAACUUGUAUAAAGAAGGUAACUAUUUAACUUUUUUACGUAAUGACAUAUUUAAUUUUAUCUAACCCUGCUAUAAAUGAUCCGGCUUCAGCUACUGAGAGGUGGCUCCACCAGUUUUUUUCUUUCUUUAGAACCUGAUUGUUUUCUUUCUAUUUAUUAUAAUAAUUACUAAUAAAGUCGCCGUCAAAUCCAGUUAGCCGUCUCACGGCGGGAUUUGAACCCGCGGCCUUGAGACUACUUAUAAGUGCAGCUCUCUGACCUCUCAUCCACUCUGCCAUCUUAAAUAAGGCGUUUGCACGACGGCGUCAUCAUACUACUACUACGACCGCAAUCCCUUUCGUUUUUCCUUUCAUAUUUAAAUUUAGUAAUCCCAGGGAGCUUUAAAUAGGAAAAGUCCUAAUUUGUACAAGAAAGCAAAACCAUGAAGGUGCACAUGGCCUUUUGUUAAGGGAGGCAGCCCAUUAGUUGUCCUCACUUUAUUUUGUUUUUCAUCUUUAUGAAUAGGUGAAAUUGAAUGGCAAGACAGGGAAAGUCCAGUUUGACGAGAUUGGAAAUAGAAAAGAAAUUAAUCUGGACAUUUUGAAUCUACAAAACAAUUCCUUUCAAAGGGUAAGUGUUGUGCGCCUAACGUGGAAUAUGCUUUGUGCAACGUAAGAAAGAAAGCAAUUAUCAAAAGUAAAAAGUUCUUUUAGUGAUAAAACUAUGUAAAACAUUUUACGAAUAUGGGCUGGAGGGAGACUAUUUUUUCAAUAAUCCCGAGGCCAAGUUUAGGAAUACAUAGAGAUUUUAAAGGAAAAAAAUAAGUGGCUUCUGAGGGACAAGUCAUUAAGUCAGAUUUGCAAUAUAGCCCACUAGUAGAAAUUUCUACGAGUACGAACUGACCAAUUCGUCCUUUAACUGCUACACCGCCCCUAAACGCUCGUGCGGAUCCAAGUCCCUUGAACCACUUGUUAAGUCAUCAGUUUUAACGGUCACAGGCAACUUUGUGAUCUCAGUCACUUGUGCAGAAAGGAAAAGAUCUUUCAAACUUUGCCAGAGUGGGUACGAUUCAGUCGGUCACGAAUCAAGGUAAAGUUGACCAAAAAGAAAAUAUGAUGCCAUUAGCAUGGGAAGAUGCAUGCCAAUCGCCUAAGAUUUAAGCUUUGCUUUUUUUUGACAACAGUAAAGCUACAACUGCCUGAUUUUUUGUUUGUAGAUAGGAACGUGGAAUUCAACCAAAGGUGCAUCAAUGUUUGGAAAUAUUUUACCAAACGUGAAUCUUCCAUCCGCCGGAAAAUCUUUGGAGGGAACAAAGUUGAGAGUUGUUACUGUGGAGGUAAUGGAGACUUUAACUUUGUACCCAGUGCAUGCCGGUUACCAAAGCAAAGCUUAGUUCAAGAUGGACAUGACGCGCGUUCGUGAAAUAAAAUUAUUUUAAUUUAUUAAGAUACAAUCAAAAGAUGAACUUCCAGGUUACUAUGAGCUGUAAAAAAUGGGGGCGUUUUGGUGUCUACAAUACGGUACUCUUUUUGGGGUCUAAUUUGACUCCGUUAAUCGGGGCCAUUGCAGUCCAAUUACCCAGGGCUGAUUUGGACCCAAGGACUGAGUCCCAGGGUAGGCUAAAACUGAUUCAUUUGAUAACGUUGUUUUGGCUUAAAUUGUGCUCAAAAAAGCUCUACAAGACGGUGAAUCAGACUUUGUCCUGCUGGGCUAAAUUGGCACUUUUACUGGUGAAAUACGAUCGAUGAUGGCAGCACGUGCACCUUUUUUAAGCAUUUUGCUACGUAAUAGAUUAGAAUAAACAUAUCAUGACAUAUGGAGGUCUCCUGAUUGACAAAAAGCUGUUACUUUUAAACUCUAAUUCAGAGCCCACCCUACGUUGUGAAGAAACAGGAUGGUGACAGCAUAUGGUAUGAAGGAUAUUGCAUAGACCUUUUCGAGGAAUUGGCUAAAAUUCUCAAGUUUUCGUAUGAGAUCUACCCUUCACCUGACGGGUUUUAUGGCGCUGAAACUGAAAAUGGUACAUGGGAUGGAAUGAUUGGGGAACUCAUAUCGAAGGUUUGCAAAAUCACUUUUCUUUUAAUUUUGUGUCUCAUAGAUAACAGGGUUGGUAGUUGACAAAUUGCUGGAAGGUUAGAACAAGAGAGGGAGAGAGAUUCAUUCUGUUAAUUUUGUUGAAUUAUUGAUAAAUGGUAUCUUUUAGUACUUUUACUAUAAUUAUUUAAUAAUCAUGGUUAUCGAUAUUCAGGUCUUAUCUUUAUAACUUAUGGCUUUUAGUAUUGUAAAGGACUUGGAGAGUUAUGAUAAUCGCAACAUAAGCUUUGUAUUAUUAUUCUCAUAAUAUAAAGCGUUUACUGCAAUUUUUUAGAUUUAUAAAACAAAACUCUAACUGGAUCAAAACGUGCGUCAUGGUAAGACUACACUAGUUUACAAACUCUGCAUGGAAAUGAUAAUGAUUGCAGAAAUAGCUCCAUGAUUAACUGACAGUCACUGGUCAGGAGCUUUGUACUCAUGAACAGUGAUAUUUUCAUAGCGUGCGGCAUCCUUUUCUUUCAGCGCGCUGAUGUCAGUGUAGCUUCUCUGACAGUAAAUUUCCAUCGGAAAAAAGUGGUGGAUUUUACUAUCCCUUACAUGUUUUACAUGAACGAAAUGUUGAUGAAGAAAACUUCCUCAAAAGAAGACAUGGACCUACUGCAGUUCAUGAGCCCAUUUCACAAUAACAUUUGGUUUUGCACUUUGGCAACGCUGGUUAUCAUUUCUGUAGCCGUGUUUGGAAUGAACUAUUACAGUCCUUAUGGGUACAAGGAUGAAAGUGGCCGUGGAACUUCAGAUGAGUUCAGUUAUUUCAAUAGUCUGUGGUUUGCCGUGGCUUGUAUGCUACAACAAGGUGGUGAUAACACCCCACGAAACUUGUCAGGUUAGUCCCAAUAGUUCUAAUAAUAAUUUUAAAAAAUCAGUAACACACUCACCGCAAUCCCUUCUUUGUUUUUACCACUUUACCACAUUUUGACAUUAUCUAAUGCUCUAUUACUGAACAGACGCACGACAACAUAGAGUCUCUUUGUCAAAUAGCUGCUCGGAAGGUUGCAAGGAAGAAGCGUUAGAGUUAGCAAUUCUUUCUUCUUCAUUUGCGUUUUAUAACGUAGCAGUUUAACCAAACUAAUAAUGUGCAAACGGUAGAUGAUCAUUGACCAAUUAGACCGCGCGCUUUACUUUUGUUGUAUUAUAAUCGGUAAUGGUGUAGAUUUGUAUUUCGGUGAAUGUAUUGAAUUUUUUGUUCCAGUGGCAGCCUUAAUCUAACAAUUUUAAAAUAAUAGGAUUAAUUUUUUGCAGGAAAUUCACUUUUCAGAAAAAAAAUCUAGCAACAUACAUAAUUGCUCUGCCGGGAACUUUCCGGCCAUUACCUUUCUUAUCCAUUAUUUUACUUGUCUGUGCCUAUUUAUUUCAAUAAAGGCCGCAUUCUAGCUGGAUGUUACUGGUUUUGUAUUUUGAUCUGGGUCUCUACCUACACUGCCAAUCUCGCCGCCUUCUUAACCGUCAAAAAUGCCGAGAGUCCCAUCAACAGCCUUGAAGACCUUGCAAAGUCAAAUUAUGAACUCGGAGUUAUUCCCUCAACCACCGAAUAUGAAUACUUUAAAGAAAGUCAAGACCCAACACUCCAGAAAAUAUGGCGUAGAAUGGAAGCUGGGAACAGUUUCCCAAAAAAUGGAACUGAGGGUGUUCAAUGGGUCAGAGAAAGAGAAAACUUUGUCUUCAUUACUGAUGGUCCUUUUCUCCGGCAUAUGGCCAAGCAACCUCCUUGUGAUCUUACAACAGGUAUUUUCUUCACACCUUUAGUUAACAAAUACGUAGUCAAAAGUAGUUAAAAAUCAUAUGGUUGUUACGUUGUUGUUGAUGACAAACAGUUAAAUAAUAAUCUCAUAAAGGGUCAGUGGUAUCAUCUGUGUAGCCUGUGUGCCUGGCAAUGUUAAUCGCGUUUGUCUGCCUCAUUUCACAAUACUUCUGUUUUCUGGUUUGGUUUGACUUAGGCUGUAAAGCCCUGUAAAAAGGACAAGUCAAGUUGAGCGACCUUAUUUUCGCAGCGGCUUCUCAGGCAAACACUCCUGCACCCUAGUGUUCCGCCAGUUACCCUGGAGACCUAUGUGUAGCUGGAUGAAAUAUCGAUCGUUAAUGUUAAAAUACAAGCCAUAAUCAGCGGAUGUUAAGUACAUGACGCAUGUUUUGGGAUACCCAGUGAACUGAAACUGCGCACAUACAGUUCAUGUAUAUAUAUAUGCACAGUAAUUAAUAACGGCCCUCAAUAUCUCGAUUCUUCAGGGUAAAUAUUAUGGGUUCGAGUUCCAUACAUUGCAAGUUCGAGUUAUCGGGGAUGAAAACAAAUAAUCAGAAAUAGGCCUUUUAUACAUACAAUAUUUUAUACAUACAAUAUAUAUUUACAUAUAUAUUUGUACAUAUUUGAUCACGAAUUUAUCAAGAUUAUUGUGCAUGUGUCUCUUUCUUUCUUCAGACCUGUUGCUAUUAUUAUUAUCAUUAUCAUCAUCAUCAUUAUCCAUUAUCAUUAUCACGAUCAUUAUCAUUAUCAUUACCAUUGUUAAAAAUAUACAAUAGAAUAAAUGACAACAACUUUAUUACAAACAUUAUCCAAUAAAGGAUUACAGUAUAUAAGCAUUGAUAAAAGUUAUUACAAAUUCAUUGAUAAAAAUCUAUUUUAAAAAAUAUUAAAAGCCCUAGGCUUGGUCUAAAACUGUUCUAUGAAAUGAUUGAAAAAAAUAGAACGUGUCUACUUUAUCUUUCCAAUUAUACAUUUGAGAUUUCUGCCCAGCGAAAAUCAGAGUUCAACUUAUGUUUGGCUUUCUAGAGCCUCUUACACGUAACACUGCUGAUCCCAAUAAGUUAAAAGAAAUUUUUGCCCUCAGUCAGCUAAUUACAAUGCUAUAUAAUUAUAGUCUAUCUACUUCUUCUCCACCAAUAGAACAAUGCUUUAUUUCCAUGUUAUUAACUGUCACAUUGAACAAGUUGACUUGUUCCGAAUUUAUCUCGUACGAGUGUUUUUUUCAGUCUUUAUGUCAUUAUCUUAUCUAAUGUAACCUUUAUGUCAUAGCUUUGGAAAAUAUAACCUUGCGCAAUCUGCAUGUAUUGCAUUGGUUAUAGCUUGGCCACCCGAAAUAUCAUUGCAUUAGCACGUGUUUCAGUUCAUGGGUUAUGCAGUUUAUUUAAAAGUCCAAAAGUUUAAAAAAGAUACUUCACUUACCCAUCACAUUAUCUAAAUCAUUUCCUUGGCCAUAAUGGUGUCCGUUCAUUUCUCCCCGCAAACAGAUCUCACCCUUAGCAAUCCAUAUUGUACAGUACGGGGCUUAUUAGCAAGCGAGCAAGGGUUAUAAACAUCUCUUUUCUUAUUAGUUCCAGGUCUAAGUUCACCCUACGGACUUGCAUUCGCCCUUCAACCCAAUGAUUCCCGUACCAUUAACUUUACGCUGGCAAUUCUACGUCUUCAAGAAAAUCAUUUCCUCGAGGAUCUUUAUCGCAAAUGGUGGCAAACAUCGGAUACUUGCUCACAGGAAGAAAAUACACGUAAGAACGUUCAAAUUCUCUAUCGGACUAUUUUAUUCCAGGACAAAAAUAUCUUUUCCAUCUUUAAACAAAGCAAUAGCAUCGGAGUAUAGGCCUAACGUUAUCAUGAAUCCAUUACCCUAAGGUUUGACGGCAAAAUAACAAUAACACUAGUUACUGGACCGUCACAUGACAUUUUUUUUUUUUUGCAUGAAAUCACGUUACUCGUUUAUUUUUUGGCGAAAUGAACGGGGUAGUUCUUUUGUAACUUUUUGCACGUGCAAAUAGAGUUAAUAGAGCUGUUGAUUUCAAAUAGUAAAGUGUUUAACUUCUUGGCUUUUUUCUGUUUCAUUUCAGUUUUGUCCCAGAAGCAAAUUGAUGUUAAAAGUAUGCUGGGUGUGUACAUUGUUCUAAUUGUAGGGAUAGUGUUAGCAUUUAUCACGCUGAUGGCCGAGAUUCAAUGGAAAAAGGGGCUGAAAGAGAAAGUUUUUAACAAAUUUCGAAGGUGA